UGGCCACCCUGAACACUUGUAUGUCACCUUCUUCGUGUCCAACUUGACAGAGAGAGAGGGAGUGAGAGAGAUAGAGUAAGAAAGAGAGGGGACAGAGGAAGGUUCCAGAUGCCCUGCGGAUGGGGAAAAGUGAGCUGCAAAAUCUGCAUCGGCAGCAGAAUCACGAGGCUGACAGUAAUCGAGACUCUUCGGGGUUGUUCUGUGAUGGAUGUUCGGUGGCUUUCAACGGAGUUGUAAAGGCGUUCAGUAUCAAGUGCUUCUUUGUUUUGAUUCUGACCUUAUCAGUUUUGGUUUCUGGGGUCUUCUGGAUUCUUCCCUUCCAUUCAACAAAGUUUGGGUUUGAGGCAAAAGAUGAAAUUAAGCUCAGCGCCACAGUCCAGGCAUAUUUCAGACUGGAUAAGCCAGUUUCGAAUCUUGUUCCACACAUUGGAAGAUUAGAGUAUGACAUCUAUGGGGAAAUAGGUGUCCCUGGCAUGAAGGUGGCCAUCUUAUCCAUGAACCAAUCUGGUGCAUCUAACUGGACUGAUGUGGUGUUUGGUGUUCUUUCGGAUCCAAUAAAUGUUCCUAUUACAUCAGUGCCCCUAAGUGUGCUGAGAUCAUCUGUAAUUGAUCUGUUCCUUCAGCAAUCCAAUCUGACAUUGACAUCAUCCAUUUUUGGGAAGGCAACUAUGUUUGAGAUUCUGAAGUUUCCAGGGGGGUUAACUUUAAUCCCAGUGCAAUCUGCUUCAAUUUGGCAGACCCCCCAGAUUCAAUUUAAUUUUACUCUAAAUAAUUCAAUAUCCGAUAUACUCGAAAACUUCAUCGAGUUGAAGUAUCAGUUGAAGAUGGGAUUGUAUCUGAUGUCUCAUGAGACUUUGUAUAUCCAGAUAACAAACAAGGUUGGCUCCACAAUAGCUGCCCCAGUGACAGUUCAGGCUUCAGUCAUGUCAGAUCUCGGGAGCCUUUUGCCACAGAGAUUGAAGCAGUUGGCUGAAAUUAUCACUGGCUCUCCUGCAAAAAAUCUUGGUCUUAACAACACAGUUUUUGGUAAAGUUAAAAGCAUCAGUUUAUCUUCUUAUCUAAAGGGUAUUCUCAAUGUCACCCCUCCUAGUCCUUCUCCAGCUCCAUCUCCAUCUCCAGAACUAGGUGAUUAUUCAUCAAGUUCACCAUAUCCUGCUCUCUCUUCGCAUAGCUCUCCCACAUCCUCGCCUAACAUUAAGCACCGCUCAACUGCACAUCCUCCUCGUCCCUGUCUCUAUCGUCGUUUCACAAAUUCUCCAAGCCCCUCACUGGCUUCUCACUAUAACCCAGCUGUUCCUCCUGCCUUCUCACCUUCAGUGGCUACUCCAAACUCCCCUCAUAUGGGUCCCACUUUCAAGUUGUCUCCAGAUCUGUCACCUAAACCCAAAGUAUCAUAUGCUCCCAGUCCAGGCCAGGACAAGGCAAGGGUAGAAGGCUUGGUUUCUCCAUCACUUGCACCAUCGCCUUCAUCUUUGGCAGCAGUAAUUUCCAAUCAGAAGAUCUCGUUAUUGGGGUUUUCUGGACUCUUGAUCUUUCAUCUCUUUUGUUGGUCGGACGAUACUUCAUUUUAACGAUACACCUUAAAGAUAGUUUCCAAGCAUACAAUUACAACAGCUUAGUGAUGUCCUACACUCAGUUUUGUUCUGGAAAGGAGGGUAGAAGCCCCUAUACACACAGUUCACAGAUUUGAGUCCAAGGAGCAGACAUAUAUAAAAGAGUAAGAAGUUGCACUGCAGGUCAAAGCCGGGAAAGAUGGCAGGCCUCUUACAGGAUUUCUACGUUUCUGAUGUUGCAAGAAACCCUGGGAUUUUCUUUCCGAAGGGAAAGACCCCCAGCGAUAUCAUGAAUAGUUAGUGAAAAAAAAAUGGUUUGCAGAUUUCAAAAGGAACCAUCUAUCCUGUAUCCAUUGAAGUGUAAGAUAUUGAUGGUUCCUUUUGAGCAUCUGCAAAAAAGCAAACAAUGUAAUGCACUAGAGAAAUGCUUGGGAUUCGAUAAUGGGUCCCGAGCAUUUCUUCCUAUACAUGCAUUUUUGGUUUUA